AUGGGGCUCUUCACCAAGAAGCAGAAGCUUUCCCGCUUUGGCAGCGCUCCUAGGCAGCCCUGCAGUGCUGCCGCUGCCGGUACCGGCGCCCCUGAGCCUCAGCAGCAAGGUCUGGGCAGGCUGCACUGCGCGGCUGCCCGCGGACACCUGGCCUGGCUGAGGUGCUGGUGGAUCAAGAUUUGGGGCAUCGACCGCCACGACAGGGAGAAUCGGACACCUCUCCAUCUGGCGUCUGCAAACAGCCACACAGAGGUCGUCGCAUUUCUAGUAAGGCACCGCUGCCAAUUGAAUGCUGUUGACAAUUUUGGGACAACACCCCUGAUGAUGGCAGUGCAGUUCCAGCACCAAGCCUGUGCUGGUUUUCUGCUGAAGCGUGGUGCAGACCCAAACCUCAGAGACUUUGUCGGCAACACCGCCCUCCACCUGGCAGUCCUGUCUUGCAAUCUGAAAGUUGUGGAGCUGUUAGUCGAUCAUAAUGCCAAUCUUGAUGCCAAGAAUAAGGAGGGCUUCACCCCACUCAGUCUUGCUGUCUCCAAAGGUCAGGCAGAGACAGCUGAGUUUCUCCUGAGAAUGGGAGCUGAUGUGCAUGCUCGAGACCAGCAACAAAGAACCCCACUCAUGAUGGCUGCUUCUGUUGGGAAGAUGAAACUGAUCCGAGUUCUCCUGCAUCACGGUGCUGACAUUUCCCAUAAAGGUCCUGAUGGGCUGACAGCUGCUGAUUAUGCUUGUAAUUAUGGGUAUCCCAGGAUUAGUGAGAAACUGUCAGAAAGUGCAGCUCCAAAGAAGGGAGAAGCAGCUCAUGCAGGAGUAGAAGACUCUUCCAAAGGAGGCUUGAAAAGAUCUGAGAAAAAGGGGAUUGGUGAUGGUUGGAGUGCUUCUGCAGAACAGUUGGAUUUGACUCCCAAGAAGCAGCAGGAGCCAAAGGUGACACGGUGCAUGAAGGCUUUCCAGCAGGGCAGGAAAACCAGUUCCCUGCCACCCGUGGAAGAAGUGGAGAAAGCUGAGGAUUUUCUCUGGACUUCUCCCUGGGAUUCUGAGGAAAAACCAGCUGAACAACGAAAAGAAGAAGAAGAGAAGAAAGAACUUGCUGUAGAGCUAAAAACUGCCAUUGCUGGAUGUACAGAAAAGUACUUCUUAAAUGGCAGCCCUGAUGAGCCCAACACAACGUGCAGUGAAAACAGUGGUGAGAGAAAUGGUCUAGAUCCAGAUACUUCCUCUAUCAAUAUAGAUCCACACAGAGUAAAUGAACUAAACUAG